UGAUACAUAUUCCGGAAAUAAAAUCCGAUUACGGUUUUAACAAUAUUCAUUCCAAGGGGAAAAAAAACCGAAAUCGAGGCUCGUGACUGCGACAGAAGACAGGACUGUGAGGACAGGUGAUGAAGUCGUGGAUUUUUUUCUGUUUGUUGUUCUGGUUGUCACCAUUAACUGCGAAACAACAGGAUGUUGAAAAGGAAGACAACGAUUUUGCAGAAUUUGAAGAUGAAGAGGAGUUUGUUGUAGAACCCAGUAGUGAGAAAUCGAGGUCUGCCGAUGGCGAUAAUGAUAAACAGACUAACAAAGAAGGGGCGGAGCCUGUAACGGAAGAUGUAGAGGAGGACGAAUCUACAGUGGAAACAGAAGAUGAAGAAUUUGAACACUUCAUUGAUGAAGAUGAAUUUGAAGGUUUUGAAAAAGAGAAGAGUCAGGCUGCCAAGCCAAAGGAUGGCCAGCCAGAACUUAAAAUGGCAGAUGUACCAGUGCACCUGAGAACAAACUGGGACAGUUUCUACGUGGAGAUUCUGAUGCUGGCUGGGUUAGGGGUGUAUUUCUUAAAUUUCCUGCAAGGCAAGAGUAAGAACCACAAACUAGCUCAGUCAUGGUUGAACGCACAUCGUGACAUUCUGGAACAGAACUUCAGCAUUGUGGGAGAUGACGGCACUUCUAAAGAUGCCGCCUCGGGAACGCUUAUGAAGGAGUCGGAGAAUGUUUAUGCCCUGUGGUGCAGCGGUAGAACUUGUGUGGAGGGUAUGCUGGUGGAGCUCAAAUUCUUGAAGCGACAAGACCUCAUCAGCUCUAUUUCCAACAUGCUCAAACCUUCUUCAGACCAGAUUGUAAUACAGGUAGACCUGGACCAGAAGGUGAUGGAUAAAUUUGUGUUUGCCAUUGUCCAGAAGAAGAGCUGUAGUAAACUCCACAAGGAGCUGCUGGAUCUGAAUCAGUUCACGGAGAAAAAGAAUGUUGAUAAGAAGUUGGAUAUUCCAGGAAGUUUCCAAGUCCUCAGUGAGAUCAUGGAAGCCACUACAGCUGUUCUGGACAAAAAGGUGUGUCAGGUUCUUCAGAAGUAUGAGUCCAGUGUGGAGUACAUUCACUUCUCGGAUCAAUACGCAGGGAUAAAAUCUACAGAUGACGGUCAGCCUUCCAAGAUGCCAGAUGUGAAACCUGUGCUGAUGUUUGUCUUCAACGUUCCUGGGAAGGGGAAGAGUAAGCCCUCCGACAUGGAUUCCAUGAAGCCUCUGCUCCAGAUGGUCUUCCACUGCAUUGAUAAGAUCAGCCGUCUCCAGCUGAGCAGAGAGGCCAAGCAGAAAGCAGAAAAGAACCGACAGCGAGCGGAGGAAGAAUACGAACGUCUAACACACAGUCAGAGACAAGAGGCAGCUCAACUCCGCAGGGAAGAGAAACGCCGCGCCGAGAAAGAGCGGCUUCUGAAUGAGGAGGACCCCGAUAAGGCACGAAAGCUGGAGGAGCGAGAAAAUCGCAGGGAAUUGAAGCGUAAACAGCCCAAGAUGAAGAUGAUGAAAGUACAAGGCUGAGAGGUGAUGUUUUUCCCCCACAUGCAGAAUAGAUCCCCUUCUGGCUGGAAGUCUGUUAAAAUGGAAAAAUAUCCAAUAUUUCCUAUGUCUUAGAAGACACCUCAUACACCCUAUCACAAUCCAUAACCUAUAAAUAUACAAUCAUUGUAUAUUUUCUUUGUUUUCAGUCUGAAAAUGUUUUGUGCAAUGAAGAAAUACAAAUAUAGUUAAUAUACAGAGAAAAACUACAGACAUUUUUAUUGGAAAGGUUUUAAAAGAGUAAGUGUGCAAGUGAAAGCCCUUUCAGUGACCAAAUUUUUGUGAGUGAAUGAGAGUGAAACCUUUAAUCGAACAUGUAUUGAGUACAUCCAGUGUUUAUGUAUAAAUCUUUCAAGAUCAAUUGUAUUCAUCGUUUCUUGUAAUUUUUGUAUGUAUUUUAAUAAAUCACGUACAAAGAAA